AAUGCGGCUAUACUUUAUAAAAGAAAUAAAAAUGGAAGGGAACCGAAUUGGUUCUAAUUCUAAAAUAAAGUGAAGCAGCAGCAGCACUCAACGGCCAGAAUCCAUCAUACUACCGGCGGCUACGAACUGCAUCUUGGAAGAUCGCUCCAUUGCCUUGCCAGUUUUUCUUGCGCUGAGUGAAUUCAGAACCAAGGGUGAUUUUAUCAAUUUCAUGGAGAUGGACAGACCUGACGGCAGGAGUCCCAAUCAACUGAGGCCCCUAGCAUGCUCUCGUUCUGUCCUCCACCGAGCCCAUGGCUCAGCCACAUGGGCUCAAGGAGAAACCAAAGUCCUUGCUGCAGUUUACGGACCUAAAGCCGGGACCAAGAAGAAUGAAAAUCCUGAAAAAGCUUCCAUUGAAAUUAUUUGGAAGCCUAAUACAGGACACAUUGGUCAAGCCGAUAGGGAGUAUGAAAUGAUAUUGAAGAAAACUUUCGAAAGCAUCUGCAUUCGUACCAUAUAUCCCAACACCACCACUUCUAUUGUAGUACAGGUUGUCCAUGAUGAUGGUGCUCUUCUUCCAUGUGCAAUAAACGCAGCAUGCGCUGCACUUGUGGAUGCUGGAAUUCCCCUAAGACAUCUUGCUGUUGCAAUAUGUUGUUCUGUAACAGAUAAUAAUUGUAUUAUAUUGGACCCUUCCAAACAAGAAGAGGAGAAAGCGAAAGCAUUUGCCUAUUUAGUUUUUCCAAAUACAACUGUUUCUGUCGUACCAGAGAAAUCAUUACAGGCGGGCAGUGAUCCCAUGGCACACGGAAUCAUCACAUCUGUUACUCACGGCGCUAUGUCAGUGGAUGAUUAUCUUCAUUGCCUAGAACGAGGGCGUGCAACAACUCAAAGACUGUCUGAAUUUUUGAGGAAGAAUAUGGAGCCAAAAUCUACUCGCGAGGCAUCUAAAGCUGGGUGAUUCCAAACAUUUUGAAUGUAGUUUACCAGUAUCUUAUUUUUCCCUUACAAGGCUGAAGAAGAUGGAAAUUCUUUGUAGCACAAUUGUAGCAUAUUUGCUCCGUGGCCGCUAACUAAGUUUCUAAUUAGUUUUGUAGUUCUACAUCUUAAAGGGAAUUUUGCUAUUACAAUGAUUAAGAUAAGAUUUUAUUUCUCCGAUUAUAAAAGUCAAACUGUUCUCUCA